AUAGAAUUAGAUUAAUGGAAUUUUAUUAUUGGAUUGUUAUUAUUGUUUGUGUAUUUGUGGGGGUAGGUUUGGUUGUAUGGUUAUGCUUAAGUAAUAGAAAUUCACAAAAUGAUUCUGCACAGGAACUAUUAAAUUAAAAUUCUUAAUAGAGUAAUAACAAUAAAUUAAAAGAAUAAAAGCCAGAUAAUAAUCGAAAUAAUUAAAAUUGGAGAGAUAAUUCUCCAUAUUAAUCAAAUAAAGAAGUUAAUUAGUUAAAUCAAAAAUAAUAAACAAACUCGAGUAGGAAUGACAGUGUGCAUAAUUCUAAUUCUAUUAAAAGCUAAGAUGAUUAAAACUAAUCGGGAUAAAAGAGAGACAGUUCAUUAAAAAAUGGUAUUCACUUUAUGAAUAAAAUAGAUUAAAAAGUUAAUUAAUAAAAAAGUGUGGAAUUAACAAAAGAUGAAAAAUAAUAGAAUUAUCAAACCAAAUCACCCUAAAGACCAAUAAGGCAAUAAAACAUCUAAAUAAAUAUUGAAAAUUAAUCAUAGACUAAUAAAGAUUCUUAUAUUAUAAAUUUUGGACAAGAUAAAUAAUAAUAAUAAAAUUAAUAAUAAUGGGAUCUUGCUACGCAGCAAAAAUCAUUUUAAUCAUAAAAAAUUGAAUUAGAAACGAAAAUUGAUGAGUAAAAUAAUUUUGAUAAUUCGAAUCUUCAACUAAGACAUGAUUAAAAAGGGUAUAAACCGGAUAGUAUUAAUUCAGAAAUAUCACCUAAAGCUAUUAUUAAUCCUUCACCUAUUAUUACUCCUUUACAUUUUAUCCCUCCUUUACCUGGCCAUUAUAAUAUACGAUAUAUUACAUAAAAUAAUUAAUAAUCUUAAGAAAUAUCACCCCAAUAAAUAUAAAUAGAAGAAACAUUGGUAAUGAAAUUUAAUUAUAAAAGCCUACUUAUUCAAAAGAAAAGCAUUUAAAUCAAUAUUUAGAUGAAAUUAAACAAAAUACUUCUGAAUAAGAAUAUAAACAAGAAAAAGUACAAUAAUUGAGACUUGAUUAAAAAGGGUGUAAACCAGAUAGUAUUGUCAUUCAUUCAAAAAUAUCACCUAAACCUAAUCCUCCCCCACCCAUUACUCCUUUUCCAUCUAGUAUUAGAAAAAUUAUUUAUGAACUUUAUGAAAUAAGUUCUCAAUAAAGGUAAAUAGAAGAUUAAUUUAAAUACUAUGUAAGAUAAAAAUAGGAUUAAUCUGGAUUAAAAAAGAAUUAUAAUUUGAGUUUAGCAGGAAGCAAAAAGUUAGGAUAAUAUUGUAAUAAAUUUAGAGAGGUAAGAGGAGAUGGAAAUUGUUUCUAUACUGCUUUUGGAUAUUAAUUCUUAUCAAUUUUAUUAUUUGAGUAUUCUUAUAAUUAAUUCUAACAAUUUAUGGAAAAAAUUAAAUAAAUCUAAUUACCAAUGAAAAUAUUUGUUACUGGCAAAUAUUUUAAAAUUGAUGAUAAAUAAAUAGAGCAGGAGCUUUUAUUUGCAUUGAUAAACAGAUUGAUUGAAUUAAAAAAAAUUGAAGAUUUAAAUUAAAGAUUCGAGUAAUUUCAUACUUAAUUUUCUGCAUAUUAAUAUUAAUCAGAAGAAGUUGAUGGAUGUUUAUAUGGAUUAUCAACUAUAUUUUUUAGAAAUUAUUCAAAUUAGGUUGUUGAUUUUAGUGAAAACAAAGAUGCUGUUUAUGAUAGAGUAAAUCUAUUAAAUUGGGAAGAAGAAUGCAAUUCCAAUGAAGUUGUUAUUGCAGAAUUAGCUAAACAAUUAAAUAUGUAAUUAUUUAAUAUAAAAUUCUAGACUUGUUUAAUUAUUAUUAAUUGAAAAUAAAGAUUCGAUUAUGUUUAAUAAAUAUGGAAAUGAAGAGAAUAAUAAAAUUAUAUUAUUAAUUAAACCUGGUCAUUAUAAUAUAGGAUAUCUUAUAUAAGAUAAUUAAUAAGCUUAAGAAAUAUCAUUUCAAUAAAUAUAAAUAGAAGAAACAUUGGUAAUGAAAUUUAAUUAUAAAAGCCUACUUAUUCAAAAGAAAAGCAUUUAAAUCAAUAUUUAGAUGAAAUUAAACAAAAUACUUCUGAAUAAGAAUAUAAACAAGAAAAAGUACAAUAAUUGAGACUUGAUUAAAAAGGGUGUAAACCAGAUAGUAUUGUCAUUCAUUCAAAAAUAUCACCUAAACCUAAUCCUCCCCCACCCAUUACUCCUUUUCCAUCUAGUAUUAGAAAAAUUAUUUAUGAACUUUAUGAAAUAAGUUCUCAAUAAAGGUAAAUAGAAGAUUAAUUUAAAUACUAUGUAAGAUAAAAAUAGGAUUAAUCUGGAUUAAAAAAGAAUUAUAAUUUGAGUUUAGCAGGAAGCAAAAAGUUAGGAUAAUAUUGUAAUAAAUUUAGAGAGGUAAGAGGAGAUGGAAAUUGUUUCUAUACUGCUUUUGGAUAUUAAUUCUUAUCAAUUUUAUUAUUUGAGUAUUCUUAUAAUUAAUUCUAACAAUUUAUGGAAAAAAUUAAAUAAAUCUAAUUACCAAUGAAAAUAUUUGUUACUGGCAAAUAUUUUAAAAUUGAUGAUAAAUAAAUAGAGCAGGAGCUUUUAUUUGCAUUGAUAAACAGAUUGAUUGAAUUAAAAAAAAUUGAAGAUUUAAAUUAAAGAUUCGAGUAAUUUCAUACUUAAUUUUCUGCAUAUUAAUAUUAAUCAGAAGAAGUUGAUGGAUGUUUAUAUGGAUUAUCAACUAUAUUUUUUAGAAAUUAUUCAAAUUAGGUUGUUGAUUUUAGUGAAAACAAAGAUGCUGUUUAUGAUAGAGUAAAUCUAUUAAAUUGGGAAGAAGAAUGCAAUUCCAAUGAAGUUGUUAUUGCAGAAUUAGCUAAACAAUUAAAUAUGUAAUUAUUUAAUAUAAAAUUCUAGACUUGUUUAAUUAUUAUUAAUUGAAAAUAAAGAUUCGAUUAUGUUUAAUAAAUAUGGAAAUGAAGAGAAUAAUAAAAUUAUAUUAUUAAUUAAACCUGGUCAUUAUAAUAUAGGAUAUCUUAUAUAAGAUAAUUAAUAAGCUUAAGAAAUAUCAUUUCAAUAAAUAUAAAUAGAAGAAACAUUGGUAAUGAAAUUUAAUUAUAAAAGCCUACUUAUUCAAAAGAAAAGCAUUUAAAUCAAUAUUUAGAUGAAAUUAAACAAAAUACUUCUGAAUAAGAAUAUAAACAAGAAAAAGUACAAUAAUUGAGACUUGAUUAAAAAGGGUGUAAACCAGAUAGUAUUGUCAUUCAUUCAAAAAUAUCACCUAAACCUAAUCCUCCCCCACCCAUUACUCCUUUUCCAUCUAGUAUUAGAAAAAUUAUUUAUGAACUUUAUGAAAUAAGUUCUCAAUAAAGGUAAAUAGAAGAUUAAUUUAAAUACUAUGUAAGAUAAAAAUAGGAUUAAUCUGGAUUAAAAAAGAAUUAUAAUUUGAGUUUAGCAGGAAGCAAAAAGUUAGGAUAAUAUUGUAAUAAAUUUAGAGAGGUAAGAGGAGAUGGAAAUUGUUUCUAUACUGCUUUUGGAUAUUAAUUCUUAUCAAUUUUAUUAUUUGAGUAUUCUUAUAAUUAAUUCUAACAAUUUAUGGAAAAAAUUAAAUAAAUCUAAUUACCAAUGAAAAUAUUUGUUACUGGCAAAUAUUUUAAAAUUGAUGAUAAAUAAAUAGAGCAGGAGCUUUUAUUUGCAUUGAUAAACAGAUUGAUUGAAUUAAAAAAAAUUGAAGAUUUAAAUUAAAGAUUCGAGUAAUUUCAUACUUAAUUUUCUGCAUAUUAAUAUUAAUCAGAAGAAGUUGAUGGAUGUUUAUAUGGAUUAUCAACUAUAUUUUUUAGAAAUUAUUCAAAUUAGGUUGUUGAUUUUAGUGAAAACAAAGAUGCUGUUUAUGAUAGAGUAAAUCUAUUAAAUUGGGAAGAAGAAUGCAAUUCCAAUGAAGUUGUUAUUGCAGAAUUAGCUAAACAAUUAAAUAUGUAAUUAUUUAAUAUAAAAUUCUAGACUUGUUUAAUUAUUAUUAAUUGAAAAUAAAGAUUCGAUUAUGUUUAAUAAAUAUGGAAAUGAAGAGAAUAAUAAAAUUAUAUUAUUAAUUAAACCUGGUCAUUAUAAUAUAGGAUAUCUUAUAUAAGAUAAUUAAUAAGCUUAAGAAAUAUCAUUUCAAUAAAUAUAAAUAGAAGAAACAUUGGUAAUGAAAUUUAAUUAUAAAAGCCUACUUAUUCAAAAGAAAAGCAUUUAAAUCAAUAUUUAGAUGAAAUUAAACAAAAUACUUCUGAAUAAGAAUAUAAACAAGAAAAAGUACAAUAAUUGAGACUUGAUUAAAAAGGGUGUAAACCAGAUAGUAUUGUCAUUCAUUCAAAAAUAUCACCUAAACCUAAUCCUCCCCCACCCAUUACUCCUUUUCCAUCUAGUAUUAGAAAAAUUAUUUAUGAACUUUAUGAAAUAAGUUCUCAAUAAAGGUAAAUAGAAGAUUAAUUUAAAUACUAUGUAAGAUAAAAAUAGGAUUAAUCUGGAUUAAAAAAGAAUUAUAAUUUGAGUUUAGCAGGAAGCAAAAAGUUAGGAUAAUAUUGUAAUAAAUUUAGAGAGGUAAGAGGAGAUGGAAAUUGUUUCUAUACUGCUUUUGGAUAUUAAUUCUUAUCAAUUUUAUUAUUUGAGUAUUCUUAUAAUUAAUUCUAACAAUUUAUGGAAAAAAUUAAAUAAAUCUAAUUACCAAUGAAAAUAUUUGUUACUGGCAAAUAUUUUAAAAUUGAUGAUAAAUAAAUAGAGCAGGAGCUUUUAUUUGCAUUGAUAAACAGAUUGAUUGAAUUAAAAAAAAUUGAAGAUUUAAAUUAAAGAUUCGAGUAAUUUCAUACUUAAUUUUCUGCAUAUUAAUAUUAAUCAGAAGAAGUUGAUGGAUGUUUAUAUGGAUUAUCAACUAUAUUUUUUAGAAAUUAUUCAAAUUAGGUUGUUGAUUUUAGUGAAAACAAAGAUGCUGUUUAUGAUAGAGUAAAUCUAUUAAAUUGGGAAGAAGAAUGCAAUUCCAAUGAAGUUGUUAUUGCAGAAUUAGCUAAACAAUUAAAUAUGUAAUUAUUUAAUAUAAAAUUCUAGACUUGUUUAAUUAUUAUUAAUUGAAAAUAAAGAUUCGAUUAUGUUUAAUAAAUAUGGAAAUGAAGAGAAUAAUAAAAUUAUAUUAUUAAUUAAACCUGGUCAUUAUAAUAUUGGUUAUUUGAUAAAAGAAAAUAAUUAUAAUAAUAAUUAAAUUAAAAAUACAUAGGAGGUAUUUUAUCAAUUUAAAUUAAAGAAUUAUACUAAUGUAGAAAAUCGCCAAGAAAUAUGA